AUGGCCACGACCAGGCUGCUGAUCGUGCGGCAUGCGGAGCGGCUGGACGAGAGCCGUGACCAUCAAGCCAUCCAGGCAUUCAUGGUGCGUCACCGGCAUACGGAUCGCUUGUACGAUUGCCCCAUCACAGCAUCGGGGCGGCAGCAAGCCCGAAGCGCGGCAAGCCACGUAGCGUCAGCAGUGCAUACACAUGCACACAUGCCCCUGCCCAAGGAUGAGGCCGACCGCGUAAUCAUUUAUUGCAGCCUGCUUCAGCGCUGCGUGCAGACUGCCGACGAGCUGGCCCAAGGACUGCCUUUUGCGACCGUCCUCCAGCCCGUGGCUGGACUGGCUAGCUGUGCUGCCGCCGUCAACGACGUUGGCUGCGCAAACUUUAACUUUCUGACUGAUCCUGAACUAUCAGCACUCUGCGCCACACCCGUGCUUCCAGCUUUGCGCAAUGCCGACGCGUUCGAAGAGGCCUUGGAUGUCCUGCACGCCCGGCAUCCGGACCACUUGAUUAUAACCGUGUCCCACCGCGAGGGCAUCCGCGAACUCAAACUGCUUAACCAUCAUCUGAGCCAUGCGGCUAAGCGUCGCACCCCCCGCUAUUGUGCUGUGGCUCAGUUUAGCCACAGCCCCGAUGCCACUUGCCACUGGACGUUUAUCCAACAAGAGGAGCUUGACGGCACCGUGAUUCGGUGA